AUGUUGGUCACGUCAUCACUUUCGGCGGUUCAUUACACGAUGAUCGAUGCUUCGAGGACAGCUCUGGUUUGGGCUAUUGACCUGUGCAUCACGUAUUUUGCGCCAUCGACGUACAAGGAGUUCGGUGAAAGCUGGAAUGCGUACUCGAAGCUCCAAGCUUUUGGUACUAAGACUAAGUACCAUAAUUACCAUUACUAUUAUAAGUAAUUCGUUGCGAAGAGUGAAAUCUCUUGUCUGCAGAAGCACGAUGUAAGAUCUCUUGUCUGUAGAAGAAACUAUGGACGAGGAUAUUAACAGCAACAUGAUCGACACCCCUUACAUCUACGACCACAGUUGUAUUGUAUCAAGAAACCCUGAAUAUUAAAUAUGAAGGUUUUGUCGUCCUUCUUUGCGGGCAAUGCGUCUAUUCCGGUCUAGUGCGUUUGCCGUUCCCGAACCUUUAUCCUCCAGAAGAGGUCAUGGAAGUUUUCGUCAAUUCCCCACCUUGUUCCUUGGCUUCAGCGCAGCUCGCUACGCCGUUGCCGCCUUUUUCUUAUGAUCUAUACCUCAUGAAUAGGUAAAUCAAUCAAUCAAUCAAUUGUGGUGUUUGUGUCUCAGAAGAUUGCAGCUCAGAUUGAUUGCGAUGAAAGAGAACUACCAGUUGUGAUUCUUCACAGACUCCUGUUUUUAGAAGUACCAUUCAGCAUCUCAGGUAGACCAACCUACUCAUCAUCGAUCCUAGAACGAGCUCAUAGAAGCUCAUAGCUCAAGCUCUAACUCUCUCCACCAGACGCAAUCCGAAAAUCGGCUUUCGGCAAAACUGAGACGCCUGGCCCACGACUUGUUUCGUCUUCGUGUUGCGCGACGAAGAAAGGAGGCUGCGCGGGAGGAAGAGCGAUCAACGUGUAAUGGCGUGAACCACUAGAAGUACAGGCUCGCUAAAUAAGACCGUGUAUAUUAUAUACGCAAACUGCAUACUAUUUAAUAAUGAGCGCAAACUACAUACCCCCACCUACCACUACCGCCCCAGUAAGAUGCUGCAGCUACACACGAUAAAACUGAAACCAUAUUACCCACCUCACAUUUGUGUACAUUCGCUCUCUUCAAUUGAGUGUAGAUCCACCUCGUAAAAAUUUUCCUCGAUUUAUUGACCAUCAGUUUCGAACGAUAAUUCUUAUGAUGAAGUGAGUAGCUAAAAAAAGAGAUACUAUCAAUUUUUGUUGACUUUGUUACAUUUUGCACAGCUGUAACUGUAUUGCGUCGAUGGAUGCUCAUGCUAGGUAGAGGCACCUAAAAACACUCUCAAAUAUUUUUCUCUUCACUUCUACUUGUCAUAGGAAAAUCUUGGGACUGUCGAUGUCGCCAGGGAAAUCUACUUGGGCAUUUCGCCGAACAGAUUCCACGCAUCAUGGCCCACAGCGUGUCGUUACUUGCUUUUUUGCCGGCCUCACCGGUGCUUUUUUACCGCUAUCUAAGGUAGACGAGGUCCUCCGUAUGGUGUGUGAUUUUAUUUCUAUUUCUAAUUCUCCCAUCCACAUAGUUUCUAAUUUUUUGUGAGCUGCUACUGACGAAGACGAUGGCAAUGGCAUACAAGGAGGCCGUAUUCAUCUCAUUCUCUCACAAACUACAGCAUAUUGAUUUGUUUCAUUCAUGGCUAUUUGUAUUUCAAGUUCAACACUAUAAUGACCGUCAGCUAUUGGUAUACAGCAUAGUGGACAAAACUAACCAUUUAUAGCUACUACCUACGACACUGUCCUGUUCGUCUCUCGACCGCUUAAACCAUCGCCCUGCUAUCCUUUACCUCACGCCUUAUGAUUGGCUACUGGUUUCACUGUCAGCAACCAAAUCGAAAUCGAUUUUCCUUUCAGAAACUACCCUUUGCAGAGAUUCUGAACCCAUUUCAGAUUACGGAAACUGUUAAUUUAUACCCGCCGAUCUCUUUUAGGAGGCUGAGUGCUCCAUUGGUGACACACCGUGAAUCCUCCUCGAGAUGUUGCCACUGGUAUGCGCGAACGGCAGCUGGAAUCUCAGUCUCACGCGCCAA